AUGGGGGCGGUGAAAAUGUUCGGAGUGUUGCUGGCAUGUGUCUGGCUGGUUGCCGGCUCCCCGUUACAUCCGUGGCCGCUAAUACCGCACAAAGCGAUCACGCACGGGUCGUACGUCAGGCAUUAUACGGCGGCUUGGUACGACACAGCUGCGCUGAGAGAACAUCGUACCAGAAGUCGUCGUGACACUUCGGCUUCCGGGCAUCCGGGUGACGCGACGCUGAAUCUACGCCUUCACGCUCUCGACAGGGUCUUCAAGAUGAGACUCACCAGGGACACCAGUUUAUUUCACGAGGACGUCGUGUUCGAGGGUUCGAACGACCGAGAUAUCACGUUCGAUCCGCUUCACGCUUACACCGGCACGCUCGAAGACGAUGAAAACUCGUUGGUUCACGGGAUCGUCACGGAGGAGGGUCUUUUCGACGGGACAAUCUUCACCGCCUCGGACGAGAUUUACAUCGAACCGGUCAGCAGAUACUCGCCGCUCGUGUGCCAUAGGCAGGACGGCGAUGAAACGGACACCACGGACGCUGUGCAACAUCACACCAUUGCGUAUCGUUCUGUGGACGUUAGCAUACCACCGCGGAACGAAUGCGCCAGUGAAAGAUUCCGAGAAACAACUCUGGACGAAUUGAGGACGAACAGGACGUGGAGUGGAUAUCUCGGGGACACAAUGCGGCCGCUUUAUCAACACCAGAACGAGGGGAAGUCCCGGGCGAAACCGGGCUUCUAUCCGAAGGAUGCGAGAAAGAAAGACCCCAUGGCGAGCUCGCACAAUUUGGAGCUGCUCGACAGGUUGUACAGAGCCAGGUAUUCCAGAGUACUUCGUAAACGUACCUCUGUGGACCCGAAGAAAACCACUUGCAUGCUGUAUCUACAAGCAGACCACACGUUCUUCGAUCAUUACAAGUCCGAGGAGGCAUGUAUCGAGGUAAUGACUCGUCACGUGCAGCGUGUGAACUCGAUCUACAGGUAUACUGAUUUCAAUCAGGACGGACAACCUGAUAACAUCAGUUUCAUGAUAAAACGCGUGAAAGUCCACGGUGAGGAUGCUUUGACCGAUUCGUCGUACAGGUUCACGGGCACGUAUGGAGUAGAAGAAUUCCUGGAACUUUUCUCCGAGGAGGACUACGACGCGUUCUGUCUGUCGUAUAUGUUCACCUAUCGGGACUUCGAGAAGGGCACCCUCGGACUGGCGUGGACGGGUGACUUGAAAAACGCCGGAGGUGUCUGCGAGAAGAAUGGGCACUACAGGGGCAGCAUGAAAUCGCUGAACACCGGCAUAAUCACCCUCUUGAACUACGGGAAGCACGUACCGCCGACCGUUUCUCACGUCACCCUUGCGCACGAGAUCGGUCACAACUUCGGAUCCCCUCACGACCCGGACGAGUGUUCGCCCGGCGGGGAGGACGGAAAUUUCAUAAUGUUCGCAAGAGCCACCAGCGGGGACAAGCGGAACAACAAUCGUUUCAGCCCGUGCAGCCUGGUCUCCAUAAAUCCCGUUCUAAAUGCCAAGGCCCGCUCGACCAAAGGCUGCUUUGCCGAGCCGCAAACUGCCAUCUGCGGGAACGGCGUGGUGGAGGAUGGGGAGGAGUGUGAUUGCGGCUGGGAGGAGGACUGCAACGACCCCUGUUGCCACCCUCAACGACUCCAUCAUGCCCCUCAUGAGAUACCUUGUCGCCUUGCCGAUGGCGCAGUCUGCAGUCCCAGUCAAGGUCCCUGCUGCACAUCCGGCUGCACUCUGCGCAACGGCGAUAAGUGCAGGGACGACAACGGAUGCAGAGACGCGAGCUUCUGCGACGGUGGUGGUCCCCAGUGUCCGCCAUCCAUCAACAAACCUAACAAGACCAUAUGCAACGACGAGUUCGUCUGCUACAUGGGGGAAUGCACCGGCAGCAUUUGCCUGGCUUAUGGCUUGGAAUCCUGUCAGUGCAUCGCCGGUCCCGAGGAUCCCCCUACCAAGAGCUGCGAACUAUGUUGUAAAUUGCCAGGAGAGGAUCAACCGUGCCUAUCGUCCUUCGCAUGGAAUUCAGCGCCUUACGAUAUUCCUGACAUGCUGUCGAAGCCAGGCACACCGUGCAACGAUUACAAUGGCUACUGCGACGUCUUCCAAAGAUGUCGAGAGGUGGAUCCCAGCGGACCGUUGGCGACUUUGCGGCGACUCCUGUUGUCGGACGCUAGUUUAGCCAGUUUCCAACGAUUUCUGGCCGAUUACUGGUACAUCGUCGCGAUCAUUGGCUUCGCGAUACUGUUGAUUCCGGUGUUCGUGAUACGAUGGCUGACAAAACGGCGGGAUCCACGCGCGAAAAUUCUAUCCACGACCGAGGACCGACCAAAGGUAUCUGGUCAGCCCUCGAACGACGAACCCACGAGAGAUUGUUCGUCCGUGCGGAAGAUACAGUCGAUGGACAUCUCGCGGCUGAAGAAGAGGAUCGUCGAGACGAUGAAGAGUAUCGCGUCACCUCGACGGAAAAAGGACGCCUCCAUGGAUGGUGGCACGUUCCUGGCCAGGAUUUAUCGACUCCUGGCAAGAGAUUCGACACGUCCAAUGCCCGCGGAACGAUCCUCGAACGAGGUCGAACGACUGUAUAGAAACACAGACGAGGGAACAGAAGUCAUAGACGGGGCCAAAAGGCAAAAAUCUGACGACGAUUCGGGGGUGAAAGUUUACGGUUGGAGGCGGAUCGUGUUGAUGUUAAUCGGGACACGCGGUACAAGUUCCUCGUCGACCACACGUAGAAAAUCGACCAACCGUGAAUCGAUCAACCGGGAAUCGACGCGAAUCACAAUGUGGAGGAGAGGCGUACAGGUCGAGAAGCUCUGCGCUACAUCGAAGACGAUCGUGAAUCCUUGUAGAAGAGACAAUAGCUACCAAACCGAGCCUCUGGUGGUGCCAGACACACCUGAUACACCGGGUGAAACGUCAGAAACAAGGAUUCAGACCUCCGAUCUGACAGUUUUGCUGGCGGACAGUUAG